GUCACCAUAUAUAAAGAUCACCGGGAGUUUCCGAAAAAUCACAUUCAGUAUCCUAAACUGAACAAUGGUUAACAUGAGCUAUCACCAAUCUCAACUAAAAUAUAUACAUACUCCGAAUCCAAGACAGUCGAGAAAGCGAAAUAAUAAAAGAAAAAGGACUUGUUGGGACAAAUUAUCGCCAACAACCAAUUGCCAGACUUGAUUAUAAAAGACUCUCAGAAGUCCUGGUCCAGUGUGUUCCAGCUUGUGGCUGUGGAAGAGUGAGUGACGGAGAGAGAGAUGACUGCAGAGUGGCUUCACCUGCCCCCUCCGUACCCCCCAGGUGUGGGGCCGCUGUGUGGUGCAGAGUUGGAGGCGUGGUAUGAGGACCUGCAGGAUAUCCUGGGUUCAGACGGGGGCGGGGCCAAGCUGGCGCGUGCCCCUCCCUGCUCUGAGGAGCCGGAGUUCCUGGAUGUUCUGGAGAGCUGUUCCCUGACAUGGCUGACAGACGGGGUGGGGGUGGGCGUCGGGGGGGAGGCGUGGGGCGGAGUUGAGGGGGUCCAGAGGGUCACGAUCCCGGAGGAGCCUCCUACCCAUCCGCCCCACCACACCUCCUCCUGUCUGAGUCCAGCUGAGGCGCAGGGGGACAGAGAGAGAGGUAGCGAUGGAGAAAGAGGGGGCUCAGGAGGGGGGGACCUGCUACCCCCAGAGUUCUUUGAGUUGCUGAGCGAGGGAGGGGUGGGCGUUGUGGAGACCGCAGGGAUCAUGGUGAGCGGUAGCUACCACCAUCAUCAGCUUCAUCAUCACUCCAACAACGUCCAACAACCUGAGUCUCCCUCCGCUAGCGAGGAGGAACACCCCUGCGUCCCCGACUCUCCCUCCUGCUCCUCCUCCGCCUCUCCUCCUUCCUCUCCUACUAGCACCGCUUUCUCCUCGUCUCAGCAGGACAAACGCAAGAGGGGCAACUCUCUGUCCUUCCCUUCCUCCGGCUCACGCUCAUCCUCCUCUUCCUCUUCUGCGAAGAAGAGCAGGAGAGAGAAGGAGCAGGAGAAAGAGAGGAAGGUGCAGGAGCUGACGGAUCAGAACGAGAGGUUGAAAGCGGAGAUCGACAGACUGGGAGAGGAGGUGCAGAGGACACGCAGAGCCCUGAUAGAGAGACUAGUUAACACCAGGAAGUCCUGAUAGAGAGACUAGUUAACACCAGGAAGUCCUGAUAGAGAGACUGGGAGAGGAGGUGCAGAGGACACGCCGAGCCCUGAUAGAGAGACUAGUCAACACCAGGAAGUCCUGAUAGAGAGACUAGUCAACACCAGGAAGUCCUGAUAGAGAGACUAGUUAACACCAGAAAGUCCUGAUAGAGAGACUAGUCAACACCAGAAAGUCCUGAUAGAGAGACUAGUCAACACCAGGAAGUCCUGAUAGAGAGACUAGUCAACACCAGGAAGUCCUGAUAGAGAGACUAGUUAACACCAGAAAGUCCUGAUAGAGAGACUAGUUAACACCAGAAAGUCCUGAUAGUGAGACUAGUCAACACCAGAAAGUCCUGAUAGAGAGACUAGUCAACACCAGGAAGUCCUGAUAGAGAGACUAGUCAACACCAGGAAGUGAGGGAAGAAAAGAGGAGCGAGGGAUGAAGAAAGGAAUGAAGUAACACGGCAGAACAUUUACAUUUGGACUAGCAGGUUGGCGGUGAAGGGUUUAAUGUGGUGGUGACUUUGAAAUGCAUUUUAAGACAGCGUUAGAAAGAAACCAAAGAUACGUGUUGUGUUUUAAGAAGAAUGUUAAAUAAAUAAUUUGCUGAAAAACUGUAUGAGAGAAAGAAGGAAAGGUAGAUGUAAAGAAAGAACGAGUGAUGAAAGAGAAAGUCCAAGUAAAACCACGGAGAGAAGGAACUGCAGCAUUGUGGCAGACGUACUGAGAGAUCGACGUACAGCAUGUCAAGUAAUGGAGGAAAAGGUUCAGAAGGUGGAUGGGUCAUGCAAUGCCUCUGUUGAGCGGUUACAGUGUACUGUAUGCAUGUAGGGCUGGAUGUCAGGAAGCAUCUUUGAAAUAUAUUGUUAACUAAACGCCCAUCACAAGCAUUGAAUGAUUGGGGCAUUUAGCUUAUUCAGUCAAGUGUAGUGUUCAGUAUAAAGUUGGGAUGGGUUAGAUUAAAUUAACUGAUUGAGGGCGUCGAUUCCAAAAUUAAGGAAUUGAUCGGAUGCAUCUACCUAUGAAGACUGUUAACCAACACCCAUCACAUGCAUCGCGUUCAUAAGGCAUCAAAUGGAAAUAAAAAAGGUGGGACUACCUGGACAAAAAUAAACACUUGUUUAGUUUCUGUUGCAAGCCCUAAUGAACGCGAUCCUGAUUGGGCGUUUUGCUCGUUAAGCCUAGUGAAGUGAUUUGGAUGAAGUAGGGAUGAGUAAAAUGAUCGGAUUAUGUGUUUGGGUUCGUCGGGCAUUGAUUCCAAAAUUACGGCUAAUCGAAAAAAAAAACGAUUCAAGUGAUUAUUCCCAUUGCUAGGAGUUACCGAUUGGGGGUUUGGUAUACGUUUUUAUUGAUCGGCCCCCAGCAACCCUCAACUAAGCGAUUCUGACAAACUUGUGUUGGACUCAUUCCUAGUAUGAAGGCUGCGAGAACUAGGAACACGGAGAGUGCAUUUCAUUGUCACCACAUCCUUUAUCUAGCCUGGUUAAAUCUGACUGAACGCUACGCCUACCAUUCUGUCACUGGGUGGCAACUGUGAAACGUAGCUAAAAACAGUACGAAUACCAGGCUACUGUCCCUUAUCCGCCAACCUCAAAUCUAACAUUAAGAUUCAUCCUAAAGGCUGCAGAGGCCAUCAGAGAUGAUACUUCUUGCCCAGUUUGUUGAGUAAUACGGAUCUCAGGAAAGUUUGCCAGUCAGUACUCAGUACUUAUAUAAGCCGCUAUGGCUUUAGUGUGUAAGGGAUAGUUUUACACCUAGAACGCUAAUCUUUUUCUAUCAAAUUGACUGAAUUUAGUGGUAGUAAUAUUUACAAUGUAGAGCUCUACCCUGAUUCACAUAUAUAUUUUAUAUACUCCUGUAUUAAUACCGACACAGUUCUACUGUAAUAUACCUUCACUGUACCCAUAUUCAUUCAACAUGUUAUUGUAAACGAUGUAUCGGUUAGGUGGUUGAAUUAGAGGAAAACUAACGUGCUCGUCUUUUAUUUCUGUUAUUACAUGAAACAUUGUAUUGGAUUUACUUUGUUCAUUUUAACUGUAUUAUUGUUUGUUCAAAGUUGCAAAUAAAAUCCGUAAAACAA